AUGGCGGCGGCCGCCACCACGGCCGCCUGCAGCAGCAGCAGCGCCGGCACCGACGCCGCGGGCGCCAGCGGAUUGCAGCAGCCGCCGCCGCCGCCGCAGCCCCAGCCCGCGGCCGCCGCGCCGGCCCAGCCGCCGCCCGAGCCCCCCCGGAAGCCGCGCGUGGACCCGCGGCGCCGCCAGGCUGCCCUCUCCUUCCUCACCAACAUCUCGCUGGACGGACGGCCGCCGCCGCAGGACGCGGAGUGGGGCGGCGGCGACGAGAGUGGCGCGGCCAAGCCGGGCGCCGGCAGCGCCUGGGGCGCGCGGACUCGGCUCAGCCUGCUCGCCGCCGAGCGGGGCGGCUGCAGCGCGCUCGCCGCGCCGGGCGCGCCGCUGGCCGCCGGGUCCGGCCCCUGCCUCCCGCAGCCCUCGCUGCUGCCGCCCCUGGCCCCGGGCGGCCACGCGACCGUGCCCUGCCCCGGCGCGGCGCGGGGAUUCGCAAGCCCCCUGGGCGCGGGCGGGGCGUCGGGGGAGCAGUGGCAGCCGUUCCGGCCGGCGCCCCUCGCUGCCUGUGCGCAGCCACAGCUGCCCGACGGGCCCGGCGGCGCCGGGCAGGAGGAGUUGGAGGAGGACGAUGCCUUUACUAGCGUGCAGGUGCCGGCGGCAGCCUUCUUUGGCUCCGGGACUCCCGGGAGUGGGAGCGGCAGUCGGGGCCGCCUCAACUCGUUCACUCAGGGAAUCCUGCCCAUCGCCUUCUCCAGGCAGACCUCGCAGAACUACUGCCCCCUGGAGCAGCCGGGCCAGGGCGGCAGCACCAGCGCCUUCGAGCAGCUGCAGAGGUCCCGACGGCGCCUCAUCUCCCAGAGAUCUUCCUUGGAGACCCUGGAAGAUAUUGAGGAGAAUGCCCCUCUCCGGAGAUGUCGAACUCUCUCAGGUUCGCCCAGACCAAAGAAUUUUAAGAAGAUUCAUUUUAUCAAGAACAUGCGGCAACACGAUACCAGGAAUGGCAGAAUAGUCCUUAUCAGUGGCAGAAGAUCCUUCUGUAGUAUAUUUUCAGUGCUGCCGUACCGCGACAGUACCCAAGUCGGGGAUUUGAAGUUGGAUGGAGGGAGACAGUCAGCUGGUGCCGUGAGCUUGAAAGAGAUCAUUGGUCUGGAAGGUGUGGAGCUGGGUGCUGACGGGAAGACUGUUUCCUAUACCCAAUUUCUGUUACCCACAAAUGCCUUCGGAGCCCGGAGAAAUACCAUAGACUCCACCUCCUCCUUCUCCCAGUUCCGUAACCUGAGCCACCGCAGCCUCUCCACGGGCCGGGCGAGCAGCACCCAGGGGAGCCUCGACACAGGUAGUGACCUGGGAGACUUUAUGGACUAUGACCCAAAUCUCUUGGAUGACCCCCAGUGGCCGUGCGGGAAGCACAAACGCGUUCUGAUCUUUCCUUCAUACAUGACCACAGUGAUAGACUACGUGAAGCCCUCGGAUCUCAAGAAGGACAUGAACGAGACCUUCAAGGAGAAGUUUCCUCACAUUAAGUUAACACUCAGCAAAAUUAGGAGUCUGAAACGGGAGAUGCGGAAGCUGGCUCAGGAGGACUGUGGCCUCGAGGAGCCCACGGUGGCCAUGGCCUUUGUCUACUUUGAGAAGCUCGCCCUCAAGGGGAAGCUCAGCAAGCAGAACCGGAAGCUUUGUGCUGGCGCGUGUGUGCUGUUAGCAGCCAAAAUUGGAAGUGACCUCAAAAAACACGAAGUCAAGCAUUUAAUUGACAAACUGGAAGAGAAGUUCCGGUUGAACAGGCGAGAACUGAUUGCCUUUGAAUUCCCGGUGUUAGUGGCCUUGGAGUUUGCCCUCCAUUUGCCAGAGCACGAGGUCAUGCCCCACUACAGACGCCUGGUGCAGAGCUCCUAGCACCCACCCCGCGGCGGCCCGAGGCCCGUGUCCUUCCAGCUUGGUGGAGCAGCACUUACUACUGGAAAUGCAAAAGUAGAACUCAAAAUACCAGACUUUUCUUCCUCUCAACAUGUUUUUGCGGAGAAGCAGUGCCGGAAACCUUCUAGGGACUCCUCGGUCCGGCCGGCCGCGGAGAGGAGACGUGCUGACAGCAGAGGCCCUUCCUGCUCUCCACUGUCGGGAACUCGUGGCUGCCCCCGCUCCCAUCUUCCUCCCGGGCACGCACAAACCUCGCAUGUGGCCCAGGGCCUUCUCUCUAGACCUGUUCCUUCUCGGAGUGUGAAGGGCUUGAGCAGACGUGGGAGAGAAUCUGCAGAAGUUGGGAGAGAGCUUGGAAGAGACACCCUCACUGUGUCAAAGAGUGUGCCAAUGUAUUUUUGUACCAGCCGUUGGAAGUGCAAUUUCCCUGGGGCGCGUGGGUGUGUGAGUGCGCCAGUGUCUGGGAGAUACUGCCUCCGCCCUCGACCCCCAGAACCAAGCCUACCCUUUACCGAGCGGACCUCAGCCUGGGGUCUGAGCCAGGCUGACCUUUGGCAGUUCUUUCUAGAUGAUUUCUGGCUAAGAAUCACUCUCUCCGUACCAGACUGUUUGACAUCCUCUGCUCUUAGAAAAGGCUACUGUUCCUGUCACCUCCAAGGGGACAAACAGACGAGCUCUCAGUGUUGGAUGAGCCCCGUGGAAAGGCACGGAGCGUGGCGCCCUGUACCUUCGUGCCGUCUGCCGCCGCAAAGCGUGCGCGUGUUCAACCUUGGCACUUUCCCCACUGUGGAGACGGCUGGGGCGGCGCUCCACGGAGUGUGUCCCUGUGCUCUAUGUUAGAGUGCAUACUAAGCACAUUUGCCGUGCUACAUAUAUCUACAUAGAAAAGUAUUUUAUAAAAAUCCAGAAUAGAAAUGAGACACGGGAUUGGUGUUUGGCAUUUGCCAGCUGAGACAAACUCCAGUUCGCGCUGCGGUUGAGCCAACGGAAGAGGCGACGGCGCUCAUCAUUCCCACGUACCCAGGGCUGUCAGUGCAGGAUUUUAAUUGUGACUUGUCCUGACUCACUGGGACAACUUGCGGUAGGCACGUCACCAGGCUGUCACCUCAUAGCCGUGAGAGAGGGAGGUGCCAGUUGGG